AACUCCUGACUUUGUGAUCCACCCGCCUCAGCCUCCCAACGUGGGAUUACCGCUGUGAGCCACUGCACGCAUCCGGGUUAGUGCUUUUUAAGAACUGAAAGAUCAGUGAAGAAGAGGAGCAUAACUGAGGAGCAGUAUGGCACUAGAUAGGGUCUGAAAGUUACACAGCGACAUGUGGAGCCUGUAGCCCAUGGUAAAGCCCUUUUCUACUCUUCUGGUGAUUUAAGGCCAUAGUAAAAUUUUGAGCAUGUGAGUAGGUAUCAAAAUGGGAUUUGUAUUUUUAUGAGAUUACUCUGGCUGUUGAGAGGAGAAAAAGACAUGAAUCUGGGAGGCCACUUGGGAAGGUAUUGCAAUAGCUCAGAUGAGAGAUGGUGGUAGCUUGGACCCUCAGUGGAGAUGGUAAAAAGUGGUUGGGUCAGAUAUACUGUUUGGUGGUAGAAUGAAUAGAAUUUGCUCAGUACUGUAGGAUGCGAGAGAGGAGUUAAUUAGAGCACUGUGAUUUUUGACCUGAGCACUUGGUUGAGUUGUAGAGUUGUGAGUUGUGAGUUGGGUGAGUUGCAGAGUGGGAAAUACUAGGACAGGAGCAAAUUUCAAAGGAGGAAAUGAAGAGUUCUGCUCUGGAUGUGUUAAGUUUGAGCUGUCAAACAUUCAGGGAUGUGAAAGGGACAGUUGGAUAUAUGAUACGAAGUUGAGGAGUCAUCGACGAAUAAAUAGUAUUAAAAACUCUGGCUCUGACUGAGAUAGCUUAGGCCAUGACUGUAGGUAGAACAGAGAAAGAUUAGAGUCCUGAACAUACCAAAGUUUAGUGGUACAGAAGAGAAGGCAGGUGAAGCAAAAUAGAUGAAGAAAGAGUGGCCAGUGUUACAUUCUGUUCAAAGCCAAGUGAAGAAAGGAGUGAAGAAGUAUGAAAAGAGGAUUUUCACUAGCUUUGGAGCAUAUAUUUGCCAGGAAGAAUGUAAGUUCUUCAACAUCUUCAAAUAAAGAAAUGGUUUUGAAGAAUGAUCAGAAUAAUGGAGAUAUGAAACCAGUCCAGAAUUUCGCAACAAUACCAAUCACACAGGCUCUCAACUACAAUCUGAGCAAAGAAGGGCAUUUAGAAAAAGAACCUUGGAAUGCAUUCAGCCAUCAUGGCCCAGUUAAUGUCUCCAUCGAUGGAAUGCCUUGCAUUCUCUUCUGGGCCAAAAGAAUCACGAUUAAAUUUAAGAAUCAAACCUGGCUGGACCUUACAGGCCAGGCAUUUGGUCAGAAGGCAACAGUGGACCCUGACAACUCAAAUUGCAGUGAAGAAAGUGCUAGGUUGUCUUUGAAGCUUGGUGAUGCUGAAAACCCCAGAAGUCUUGCUAUAAGAUUCAUCCUUACCAAUUACAACAAGUUGUCCAUCCAGAGUUGGUUUAGUUUGCGCCAAGUCGAGAUCGUUUCCAACAAUUCAAUCCAAGCGGUCUUUAACCCAGCUGGCAUAUAUGCUCCGUCCGGUUACUCCUACCGCUGCCAACGCGUGGGCAGCCUGCAGCGGGACCAUGCCCUCUUGCUGCCCAGUGACACAGAUGAUGGGUCGAGCCUGUGGGAGGUCACUUUUAUUGAUUUCCAGAUCCAAGGUUUUGCCAUUAAGGGGGGACGAUUUACCAAGGCCCGAGACUGCGCCUCCUCAUCCUCACCUGCUAUUCUGAUCGGCCUGGCAACAUCCCUGAUCCUGCUGCUGGUGUUGGCCUAUGCCCUGAACAUGCUCAUCUACCUGCGGUAUCUCGACCGGCACUAUGAUCUCAUUGCCUCUCCUGCCCACUUCCCACAGCUGAAAGCUCGAGACACCGCCAAAGAUAAGGAACUGCUGAGGAGCCAGGAGGCUGAAUGCUACGAACUGAGAAGCCAGCAGCUCAGCAAAACAUAUGCUUAGCAGCACAGGCUGCCCCUACCACAUCCACAGUGGGCUCCGAAAAUGGUUUCUGUUCUGUGCUAUUUGACUUGUGAAUUAAAGAUUUUCACCAAAUGUCUUGAUUACAAAAACAAACAAACAAAAAAUGAAAAGGAAAUACACAAUGAA